AUGAAUCUAUAUAAGGAUCUAUUAUUAUUUACUCAAUAUCUUGUACUUCAUACUUGUAUCGUAGCUUGCGAAGAGGUCAUUAGAGGUCCAAAGGAGUUAGAUAAGUAUAUCCAAUAUACUGAAGAUUUCUUUUUAAAAUAUGUCCCUGGAGCCUUAGGAGAAGAUGAGGAAAUACAAGGAUUACAAAAGUAUGAUGAUUUAAAUGAUGUGAGUAUUGUCUCAGUAGAAUCUGAUAUUAUCAAUGAAAAUGAUAACUUAUUGACUAAGGGACAAUUGGAAGAUAGAAAUAACGAUAAUCAUGAUGUAAUAGGAAUAUCUAGUUCAGAUAAUUUUUAUGAAGAUAUGUCAAUUAUAGAUGAAGAUAAAGAAUCUGAAGGAGCUAAAGAUAGUGAUAAGAGUCCAAGUGAAGAAGAGCAAAAGAGAUUCAUGAAAUAUGAUACUGAUGCGAAAAAGAAAUUAUUGCGUCUAAGGAAGAAGAGGCGAGUUAAAGAUAUACCAUUAGGUCCUCAACCAGUAGAUGUUGCAAUGGGUGAUGUAUUUGGUGGAUUAGGAGAUCCUGAUUUAAAGGCAGAUACUGAAGAAUAUGGUCUACAAACUUAUUAUGAAACUGAACAAGAGAAGAAACAAAUGAAUGAUUUGUGGUUAUCUAUUACUCAUCCAUUUGCAUUUCGUGAGAAAAAGAUUUGGGGAUAUGAUAAGGAUGGAAAUCCAAUAUGUUCUCGUGAUAAAUGGUUAGAGAAUACAUUGCAAGGAGGAGUUGUCGAGUCAAAUUAUAAAACAAAAUGCUUAAGACAUGUGGAUUAUACUUCUACACCAAGGAUGUAUGCUACUGAUGGCUUUUUGAAUGGUGAUAGUUUACUUUCAGUAAUAAGUAUAUUACAAAGGUACAGAGAAAUUAAAAAUAAACGGAAGAAUAAAAUUCAAUUCCCCAUAAAGAUUGAAAAAGUAUCUAAACCUGUUAUAUCAAUGGCUGUAUUAAGAAAAUCUAGAUCAACUUUAAAUAAAGAUGAAAAAAAGAGAUUAUAUGAUUCUAAUAUUGACAAUAUAGAGUUUAAGAGUCGUGUGAAUAAUUUAGAGGGAGUUACAGAUUUAGAUGGAGUUAUAAAAUUAUUAGGUUUAGAUAGAGAAAUUCAUCAGAGGAAAGCUGUUGAGGAAGUCUUUCUAAAUUAUACUCGUAGAAUUCAAAAUGGACGUUUUAAUAUCAAAUUUGUACCUUUAUUAUCUAAAUCUCAUAAGAAUAUACUUAGUGAUUGGAGAGAAAAUUUAUUUGAUCAAGCUAUAGAAAAUAUAGGUAGAUACGAUCCUAGAGCUAGCCAAAAGUUUGAAUUACCACCUGGAUGUGAAGAGGUACAUGGAAUCCCUCCAAGUCAAAUAAUUACUGAUAUGUCUAGUGAAGUAAUAAGGCGUCCUCCUACAAAUUUAAGAUUUUCAAGUUUAAUAAAGUCUAUCCAAAAUAAAUUAUUUGAUCGUAAAUUGAAGAUGUAUAAGGAAUAUGUAAAAAAGAUUGUAGAAAAUAGGAACAAAAGUGAAUCAUAUAUAAAGAUGAUUAGUUCUGAAAAUAAAUUUGAAGAACGUUUAGAUUGGUUAAAGAAAUUUAAUGGAUUGUGGAUGUUUAUCCCACAAAUAAAGUUAAUAAAGCCUAUUGGAGACUUCAAUAGUAAUAUAAAUGGUCGUAAGGAGAUUUUAAAUGAAGAAAAGAGAGAACGAGAUUUAUUAUCACUUGAAUUAGAAAUGGUUCCUUUUUUGGAACAGGAUAUAUAUAUCUCAAGUUAUAUUAAAGGUGAUGUAUUAUUUCCAGAUAAAGAAGAAUUAUCUGAAAAAAAGGCAUUAUUUAGAAAAAUUGCUCAUGAAACUGCUAUGUAUGAUGAAAAACUUCCAUAUAAAUUACCAUAUAGACCUACUGGUAGAAAGAAGUUAAUAACAAAAGGACCAUUCAGAGCUUAUAAAGGUGGAUCAUCUAGUACUUCAGAUGGAUAUUCAAAUAUUAUUGUUAAAAAGGGUAAAGUUCAGUUAGAGAAUGAUGAAAAACAAGAAAUCAAAAAAUUAGAAAAAGAAAAUAAAAAGCAGAUAACAAAAGAUAUGAUGGAGAAUGAACAAACAAAAGACUCUAUUCUAACUAACUUUAUAUUAGAAGAUUCUGCUAAGCCUAUUAAGAAAACUAAAAAGUUAUCUGGAACGUUUAAUUUAGAAAAUGAACAUAAUAAUAUGCAAGGUAAAGUAUUACCUAGUACAAAAAUACCUCCAUUUUCUACAACAAAAGUAUCAAUUAUUCAAAAUUCAAAAUAUAAUCCAAUACGUAGGAAAACAGUAUUUGACCAGUAA